AUGGGGGCAGCACGGGGGGGACCGGGACAGAACGGGGGGGACCGGGAGAAUGGGAACCCCGAGAUGGAGCGGGACCCUCGAGGGGAGCUGGGCCGUGCUGGGAGCCACGGGCAGGACGAUCCCGGCAUGGAGGAGCGCUCCCGGGGCUCCCCGUGCCCGCUCCGCGGUGGAAUUCCCGCUGCGGGCGGCAGGACGGGGCUGGUGGCCCCGCGGGCCGGGCUGGUGGCCAAAGCUCGUCCCUGUGCCAGGAGAGCCCGUGAGGAUGAGGACGGCUGGGAGGCCACCCCCUCUGUCGCCACUGUCGCCGCUGCCAGCGCGGACGCCCCCGCCGCGGCCGCCGCCCGGCCCGGGCUGGCACCGAGCGCUGCAGGUGAGGCACGGCGGGCACGGAACCGGCCCGGCACGGCGGGCACGGAACCGGCCCGGCACGGUGGGCACCUGCGGGCAGCGCUGGGCCAGCGGGACGAGGAGCUGGGCACGGCCACGGCCGCGCUGCGGGCGCUGCGGGGCGAGCGGGAGCGCCUGCAGGGCAAGGUGCGGGACCUGCGGGAGGCUCUGGCCAGGCUGGAGGAGCUGGGGGGGUCUGGCAGUGACACCCCCGGGGUCGGUGACACCUCUGGGACUGGCGACAUCUCCGGGAACCGUGACACCCCCGGGGCCAGUGACACUCCCGGGGUCGGUGACACCCCCGGGACUUGUGACACUCCCGGGGCCGGUGACACUCCCGGGGUCGGUGACACUCCCGGGACCGGUGACACUCCCGGGGUCGGUGACACCCCCGGGCCCAGCAGCCCCCCGGGGCACCGGCCCCUCGCCCCGCUGUCCCCCCAGCCCUCGGCGGGACCCGGCCGGGAGCAGGAGGAGCGGCUGCAGCAGCUGCAGGGGGUGCUGGCGCGGCUGCAGGAGGCGAACCGGGAGCUGCUGGCGGCGCUGGGCGAGUGCAAGGGCGAGGCGGAGCGGCUGAGCCUGGAGCUGGGCCGGAGAGAGGCGCGCUGCAGCGGGCUGAGGCUGGCACUGCGCUGCAGCGAGCGCUGCGGGGGGGCCUACGCCGCCCUCCUGGACCUGGUGCGGGCAAAGGUGACACCGGAGGGUGGCACCCGUGGGGCGGCACUGCCCGCGCCGAGCCCGGGAACCGGGGCGGAACCGAGCCCGGGCCGUGCACCGGGACCCGGCCCCGCCACACCGGAACCGAGCGCGGGCCGUGCACCGGGACCCGGCCGCGCCACACCGGAGCCCCCGGGGCCAGCGGAGCCGGACAGCCGUGAGGACCCCGCGGACAGCCCCCGGGGGAUGGAGGAGGGAGCGCUGCGGGAGCGCAUCCGCCGGCUCCGCGCCGAGCAGGCGGCGGUGGAGGGGUCGCUGCUGGACGCCCCCGAACCUUCGGAGCCCCCCCGGGAGCGCGACCCCCGAGGCCGGGCGGAGCGGGCGCUGCGGGAAGCGCGGGCGCUGCUGCCCGGCUGGAGGCGGCCGGACAAGGAGGAGCUGCUGCAGGAGCUGGCGGUGCUCAAGGAGGCGCUGGCGGAGCUGCGGACGCGGCUGCAGCUGGCGCAGAAGGAGAAGCGAGCGCUGGAGCUGCUGCUGGCCGCGCACGGACCCCGCGAGGCCGCGCUGCGCCUCCUGCUGCGGGAACGGCAGCGGGAGCGGCACCGGGACCGGGACCGGGACCGGGACCGGGAGCGGCACCGGGAGCGGGAACCGGAACGGGACGGGCGGGACGGAGCCUCCGGCAGCUCCGGCAGCAGCUCCGGCAGCAGCUCCGGCAGCAGCUCCGAGGAGGAGGCGCGGAUGGGCCGGGGGGCGGCGAUGGCUCCGGGGAACCCCCCGGACCCCCGGAGAACGAGGGAGGAGCUGCUGCGGAUCCGGGCCAGGACGGAGCAGCUGCGCGGCCGCGCCCGGGAGCUGGCGCUGGCCCUGGAGCGGGGCAGCGCUGCCAGCCGUGCCCAGCAGGGACACAGCGCCAGCGUCACCCUGGAGCUGCUCCAGGCGCACAGCUCGCUGGCUCUGGCGUACCGCGGGGCGCGGCGCAAGCAGGCGGAGCAGCUGCGGCGGCUGCGGGCGCGGGCGGCGGCGCUGCGGGGCCAGCACGGCCGCAGGGAGCGAGCCCUGGCCCGGACACUGCGGGAGCUGCAGCGCGGAGGAGAGACCUGCAUCUAGGGAAUCCCUGGGGGGACACGGGAAUCCCCGCGGAAAGCUGGAAAUCCACGGGGGAAUCUGGAAAAUAUAUGGGGGGAUU